GAUCCGGUGGGGGGCUUGCAGUAGAGUUACAGUUCCUGCCCAUCAGGAAUGACCUUAGUUUGGAAAAGAUGGGCUCCUUUUUACUGCAUUCAAGACCUGUAGCAUCUGAUUUGAUUUGAUUUGAUUCGACUGACAUGAGUACGUGCACCUAAAGUUCCAGGCCCUCUUAUCUUAUACCAGCUGAGGUACCAUACCUACCACUAAAGUUACACAUCAUACAUUCACCAUCGUCAUCAACGAGACUCUUUUUUCUCUCUCUUUUUCUUCUUCAUCUAUUUUUCCCGCUGUUGGUCUCAGUUUCUGUACGCCCAAUUUUUACUCCUUUCGAGCGUGAAUACUCAACUUGAGGUUUAACAACGAGAAUACGCAGUCCAGACGCUGUUUCACUUUUGAUUCAUUGCCACUCAGCAUUGUUGCACGAUGCCUUCUCCCAAGCAAAGAAAGGUCGCUAUUGUCGGCAGCCGCUCAGUCGGCAAGUCGUCUCUAGCGGUACGGUUCGUCGAUGGCCACUUCGUCGACAGCUACUAUCCCACGAUUGAGAAUACCUUCAGCAAGAUGAUUAAGUACAAGGGCCAGGAUUACUCAACCGAAAUCGUCGACACAGCGGGUCAGGACGAGUACAGCAUUCUCAACUCGAAGCACUUUAUCGGCAUCCAUGGCUACAUGCUUGUCUACUCAGUAUCAUCACUGCCGUCCUUUGAGAUGGUGCAGGUCAUCCGCGAGAAGAUUCUCAACCACCUCGGCACCGAGUCGGUCCCCAUCUGCAUCGUCGGCAACAAGAGCGACUUGCGCCCCGAGCAACGACAGGUCACACCCGAAGACGGACAGAAGCUCUCGGAGAAGAUACAAUGCGGCUGGACCGAGGCGAGCGCGCGAUACAACGAGAACGUGGGCAAGGCUUUCGAGCUCUUGAUCGGGCAGAUUGAGAAGUCGCAGAACCCAGGCGAGGCUCCGGCCAAGAGCAAUUGCAUUCUCAUGUAAAAGACAAUUGUGAAUGGUGUUCAAAGAGGCAUAUCAUUUUGCCAGACAAUCACGAUCACGAUGAUGACGAUCCAGUCUUCUCAGGCCGCGGGGCGGUCCACAAGUUCUGACCAGGCCAGGCCAGACCAGGCCGUCCCACGACGGGUGACAGUCACAGGGGUCACAAGGUGAUUCGGGGCUGAGACAACAAGGGCCUUGAAUAGGGUGCCCUCUUUUGGUUAAAUUCUCCGUUGCUGUCUAUCAGAAAGGGUAUCAAGUCGUACCAUGUCGAUUUCUACCAAACUUUGGUGUGUUAUUUUCUUUCUUGUUUUGCCUGCCUUAACAACUAGAGUACAUGGUUCAAAUCAAUGGAGGGGUCCAGGUCAGGCCGGGUCAGGUCAGGAGGUUUUUGGGAUUGGUUGCUUACUUACUAUUAGAAAAUUUCUGUUGUACUGCGCUAUCUGACUCUGACUGACUGACUUGGUGAAUGUCCUGAUUCAUGACCGCUUGAAUGACUGACUGAUAGAGGAGAUUGAAUGACACUUGCAAGGAUGUAGAGAGCUGCAACUACCGAUACGUACCUUGUUUGGAGCGAGUUUCUAGAACAAAUCCAAGGCACCAGGUUCUCGGUGUCGUUGAUAAUUGGUUCCCAACAAUUCGUGAUGCCUUGUUAGUUUGGCUAGUUCUUUAGUCCCUCCCUCCAUGAGCGGUCUGUUCUUGUACUGCC